AUGUUAAGUGACUCUCGUCCCCAUAUUAGAGAACUUGCUAUGCGUCGUAUUUUAAAUGCCAAGAAAGGGCAAAGUUCAGAAAAAAUUCGUGUUUUUAAAAUACCAGAACUGAAGUUUGAUGCAGAUGACUAUACCACUUUAAUAGGCUGGCAAAAUAAUGAUAUUACUCCUCCUCCACUACUUCAACAUUUAGAAUUAGGCGAACUUGAAAAUAUAAUAAAAGAAACCCCAAAUAAAGUCAUUGAGAUUACAUCUUACCCCUGUCACACGCAAGCUGUGGAGAGAUGUGUAAAAUUAGUGAGGGAAGCAUCGUUAUCAGUUGUAGGUAGUAAAAAGCGAGAUGGAUUUAUAAAAGAUUAAAUUCUCGUAAAUUAAUGCCACAAUUUGAAAGCAAAAAGGACUUUACACAAUAAGCAGAAGACGCAUGACAAUUAAAAAACAUUUUGGUGAGGAUAACAUAAGGUAACUUUUGACCACUAUUCCAAAUCGGAAAUCCAAAUUUCGAUUUUCAAUUUUUUUCUUUUAAAUUUUGAGUUGCGGUAGGGGGCAGAAGAUGCAUGAAAAUUAAAAAACUGUAAAUACACAUUUUGGUGGGGAUAACAUAAGGCAACUUUUGGGCACUAUUCCAAAAGGACAUCUAAAAAUUCGAUACUUUCGGCCCACCCUAAUAUACAUUAAGAAUGGGACACAAAACAACUAAAGAUUCUCUGAAUAAAAAUGAAACGAUUAAACGAAACAUGCUUAGAUAAAAUAUUACUGGUUUCCGAAAUACGGGGUGUUACAGUUUAAAUUCAAAAAUUAUUAUUAGCUACAAUUUUUUUAUUUCUAAUUUAAUAGCACUCCGCGGUUUUUCCAUCUUUAGACAUUCAACACAUUAAAACAUACAACAAUAUUUAAAUUUAACAAUUUGUAUCUGGGCACAAAAAUCUCAAAACCAACUCUGGCGCCCCUUUGGAUAAUUGGGCAGACUUGUCAAGAAGGCGAUGCUUCUUAUCUCGUUUUUUUUUUAACCGCUAACAAGCUUCAGAUUAGAUCUCACUCUUAGCAGAAAAGGAUAUGCCUCACCGCUGUCAACACAAUGUGCUUUUUCACUGAGGCGUCAUUUCGUUUUGUUAUAUCAGUUCGAAGAAUUUUCGAUUAAAUGGUGUUAAUUGUGGCAGACUAUUUAAUUCUACAACGAGGACAAAACCAGCACCUUUAAUAUAAGCAGUCCACUAGUCUUGGGAAUAAGUUAACUUUAAAUGUACAAAGAAACACCAAAACCUCUACAUUCAACAAUGACCAUUUGAAUGAUUCAUACGAUAAAAACCUGCGAAGGCGAUAGUUCCUUAUUGUUUCCUUUGUUAGGACAUAAUAGUCUGUAAUAUGCUAAUAGUAAAAUAAUAGGCUAUCGUUUUAAAAAACAAUGUGUAUUUUUAAUCAGAGAAUUUUCAGUUGUUCUGUGUUCCAUUCUUUAUGUAUACAGUGAGCACC